CUUGCAGACAGCUAUGGAAAUAUUGAACCUGCCCUGGAGCCAGUGUGGGCUUUGGCUGUGGCUGGCAGCAGUUACAUUAUGUGGGAAAAGUCAACAGAAAACUUGGGUUACUUCAUGGCACAAGUCAAGUCUGUGAAGCAGUGGAUAAGGAAAGAUGACUUUAUUGAGUUUGACUACACUGUCCUACUCCAUGAAAUUCCAACACAGGGAAUUAUUUCCUGUCACAUGCGUCUCACUUGGCUUCCUGCUAACCCUCUGAAAGUGAAAUACUUCUGUGCUUCAGAGAAUCAGGGGCUUGAAGAUGGAUCCGGAGGGGAAUCUGGGUCAGCUGCUGGCAUUUUGCAUGAAAAGGGAGCAAAUUUUUAA